UAUUUAGUGUAUGUUUUGGUGUGUGUYUUCCAGGUAAAGACAGAAACAGAAACUGCUAACAGCAACAGAACUCUUCCUCAACAACCAAUCAUCAAGACAGAAUCACAAAGUCAACAAAAAUCAUCAACAAAUGAACAAACAGUGCCACCUAGUGUCAAAGAAGAACCAACAAGUCCAAGCGCUACCAGAUUAAAACGAAAGCAUGACCAAACAAGUGACGACAGCCCUGCUGCUAAACAAAAGAAAGAAGCAGAUAUCAUAAUAAUUGACCCACCCUCCCCUCCCCCGUUGAGUCCUGUCAGCUCCAUAGGUGACACAUUUAGAGACUUACCAGAUAUAAGCAUGGAUGGAAGCUUACCAAAUAUGGACUCAAACUUACCAAAUAUGGACACAAACUUACCAAAUAUGGACUCAAACUUACCAAAUAUGGACUCAAACUUACCAAAUAUGGACACAAACUUACCAAAUAUGGACUCAAACCUACCAAAUAUGGACUCAAACUUACCAAAUAUGGACUCAAACUUACCAAAUAUCGGAUCAAAGUUACCAAAUAUGGACACAAGCUCAACAAAAAAGGAAAAACAAGAAGUUGAUAAACUGAUUAAAGAUUGCAAAAUGGUGAACAUUGAUAAGGACGUUGUCGACGAGGUGAAAGCAAUGUYGCCAAUGCAGCAGUUACAAGCACUAUUAACCAGRACWCAACAGCUUAAACARCUGUAUUCCCUGCGAGAGAAUGUUUUAAAGUUAUUGCGRGUUUUAGUGCCRGAACUGGAUGUUACUGAUGAUCUUAAAAACAAAUAUGAAGACCAAACUGUYGAUGAACUUUUAAAACAAGUGCUUGAACAAGCAGAAAAGACUGACGCAGAUGGUAUGGAUAGUUGAUACUCCUGAUGCAUGAUGGUUGGGGUUCUCUAACCCCCAUCUCCUCCUCUUCCCUCCCCCUCUCCUUGUACAUAUAAGGGCUCAAAGAUAUUCUAGCAAGCCACUAUAUCAUAUUUGUUGAUGGCAAGAAAUGUUAUAGUGUAUUUCACAGGUCAAGGAAUACAUUCUAGGACUUUAGAAUUAUUCUUUUUUCACUCUUAUAAAUGAAUAUUAAAAUCCAUUAGAGUGAUCACACUUAAACUGUGCAACUGUACAAACUAAAAUUAAUAGUGUUAUUUAGUUGUAUUUAGUAAAUCGUGCAUGCGGUACGCAAAUUAAAUUUGAAUUGAUAUAAAUGAAGCAUUCAAAACCACCUUACUUCAAACUAGUGGUGCUUAAAUUUUGUACAAUUACAUGGUUUAAAUGUGAUCACUCUAUCAGGAACACAAAUUCUUUAUCAUAAAAUAAGAUAAAAAAUAACAGUUAUUUGACAAUACAAGGGAUGUUAGAUUUUUGUGGGUUUAUAUAUAAACUACUGUAUUAGAGWUUUUUUCCUUCAAUUAUGAAAAGAAAAUCAUGACAUUAUAAAAAAAAGCAGAAAAAUUGUGUAAAUAAUUUUCUCUGAUAGUGAAUGUUUCCAGUUGAUAUUAGAAUUUAUUAUUGCAUCUUUAUGUACAAAAUUGAUAUAGCAAUAAACAAAUGAACUGUAUUAUAAUAAACUUGUCAAAUAGUUGGAGGUAAUGUACAUUCAUAGCGUUUACAUUCAUAGCAUUCAACUGAUCUGAUAUUUAGACAUUUUGGUUCCUCAGUAAUUAUGCCCUUACACAUUUUAAUAUUGUGUUAAUGUUUAGAUGUUGAGC